UAGAAUGCGGUAAGAUAGCAGCUAAGCUGUAGUUAGAGCCACACAAUAAUUGUGGAUGAGGAUGGAGGUAGCAAAGGUGGCUGGUAACCAUCAUAACCACUGAGGACUGCAGCAGCCAGUUGUACGUAUAGACGGCGGCAGUAGGGUAUGCAACGCAGCAAAACGCGGAAGAGAAGAAAUCGCGAAUGGAAUCGACCAACCAAAGAGUAAUAAGUCGUCAAGUUUGAGCGACUGGGGAAGGGAUUCGGUGAGAGAAAGUGUCCAAGGUUCGGUCUGUGUAUCGGUACGUGUUAUUGUUGCGGUAGCGUGAGCGUGUUGUGCGGUGUUUCGACGAACAGCGUGUUACGACUGCUGCUACGACUACGAGUUCGCAUGCUGUACGUAGCGAUCGAAUGAUAGAACGUUGGUAGCCGGCGUGGCCGAAUCGACGAUCGACGGACGUCGAGAAAACGCGAGUUGUCCUUUGAGUAUUUAUCUGGUUGCGACGGAUUGGUGAUCGUGGACAUUUUGUUCUCACAUACGAGUAUAAGUUGUUUUCGCCGAAAUUCGCGUCUGUUUUUAACGAUUAGCCGAGUUUUUUUGGCCGGUGCCUGAUCGGAUCCGGCGUCGCGGCGUGGUUUUGUAUCGUUGUAAUAGUUUGUUCGACGAGUUUGGAAUAUUGUUAUCGUAUUAUAUUAUCUGUGGUGGAAUUCGCGACGCGCGAAGAACCGUUGGAGUGAUUUUUUUUUGUCCUAAAUAUUUUGGUUCUUUGUGUAUUUUAGCUGUAUUUUUUUUUAUUAAGUAUCAAGUUUUCGAGAUGUGGCGACUAUUUUGUCGGUAUUUUCGUUGGCCAAGUUUUUUAUCGCAACUGGUUCGAUAAGAGCUCUGUUGUACGUUGAACUGUCUUAUUGCAAAAUACGUACGAGCGGUGGUUGUUUUCCAAUAUUGGUUUCUACAUGUAAUGGAUGGUGAUAGAAAAAGAAAUUAUUAUGACCUUGCUGACGAAAAAUUCCUUGUCUGAUUUCGAUACGAUGAGCUUAUUCCAAGAUCUGAAGCUGAAGAGACGAAAAAUAGAUUCACGGUGUAGCAGUGACGGUGAAAGUGUAGCAGAUACCAGUACGUCUUCUCCAGAUCUGGCCGGACCCAUUUCUCCGUCGACUUCGAAAAUGGACGUUUCUCGUACGUCGCCGAGUCCGGGAACGUUAUCAAUACCGUCGGAUAACAGGGUCUCGUCUCCAGAUUCUGGACUAUCGGACGGCGUCGUCAACGAAUCGUCCGGCGGCCCGAAAGACCACCGCGGCGGCGACCUGUGCGCGACGGCGGUAGUGACGGCGAAAAGUUUCAUAAUCACGCAGAAAAUCAAAGAGGAGCCGAAUAACGGCGUCUUCGACGGCGGAGGAAGUCCACCAAUCGACGAUACUGGCGGCGGCGGCCACAUCGGCAUCGGCAGCCCGCACAUCAAGCCGGACAUGAACGGCGACGCAUCGCACGACAGCGGCGACGACCACGACCACGACAUGGACGAGGAAGCGGCCGAAAGUGUGAUCCGGAAUCGCGUCGUAGGCGAACAACAGCGACGCGAAUCGGUCGUCGUGUCCGGCGCGAGCGCGCUGGCCGCGUGGAACGCAGCAGCCGCGUCGGCCGAGUCGCAGAAAGCGGCGGCUUGCGACGAUAUGGGCAGCCGGGUCAAGGUGGUCGGCAGCGGCUUGAACGGUACAACUUCGGUGGCUGCUACCAUCACGACCACCAACAACAACAGUAGUAGCGGCAAUAACGGUAAUACCACCAAUUGCAGUAGCAGCAGCAGCAGCAGUAGUAGUAGUAGCAGUAGCAGCAGCAGCGGUUGCAAUAGUAGUAAUAGUAGUACAAGUUCCUUGUGUAACGACGUACCGACGGCGGCAGCUAGUCCGGCGGCGGCUGCGGCCGGUUUGUAUUGUUCUGUGAUAUCUUCGCCGCCUAAAUUCUGGGUGACGACCGGUACGGCGGCGGCGCCCCAGGUUCUGCAGGCGUGCCGCAUCAACGGCGUCCGGCCCGAGCUCAUCGGCGGCGUCAACUAUUGCGAAAGCAUGAAACCUCCUGUAAUGUUACCACAACGACCGACGAGCAGCGGUCUCAGGACGACGCCUACGGUCAUCAUGGGCGAAGCCGGAGGUGUCCGCACCAUGAUCUGGUCCACGCCGAUGGCCUCCGCCGCCGCCGAACAGAGCGCCCAGCAGCAACAACAACAACAACACUCGCCACCGACUCCUACAUCUCAACAACACGUACUGAAUCAACAACAACAACACCACCAACAGCAACAACAGCAACCCUCCUCGGUGUCCGCAGCUGCAGCAGUAGCCGCUGUCUCAGCAGCUCAGCUAUUGCAUCAACAACAGCAGUCGCAAUCGGCUGCCCAUAGUUUAAUCUCGGUCACGCCGCAGUCGACGACCACGUGGACGCAGACUUCGACGUCAGCCGGACUGAACGUAGCCGAAACGGAAGCCCAACUGUUGCUGAACCUAGGCCAGGAGAUUCCUAAUUCGCAUCUAUCGGCGGCGAUCCGGCCGCUAGUGCAGCAUAUUCCGGCAUCCCAUCAGCAGGCUUUGCAACAGCAACAACAGCAACAGCAGCAGCAGCAGCAGCAACACUCGCCACCGGAUCGUCAUCCGAGCACGACGACCAUACCGUUACCGUUGAAUAUGGAACGUUUGUGGGCCGGCGAUUUAUCUCAGUUACCUCCGUCGCAGCAAAUACAAGCGUUGAAUUUAUCGAAUCCCGGACCACCGAUACCUCCUUGGCCGCAUUUCCUCAAGAAUAACGGAGAUAUGUCUUCGCUAACCAAACUACUGCCAUCGUCGCAUCACGCCAACGAAGACGGUAACGACGAGGAAGAGCAGCCGAUGAUUUGCAUGAUUUGCGAAGAUAAGGCCACCGGAUUGCAUUACGGAAUCAUCACUUGCGAAGGAUGUAAAGGAUUCUUCAAGAGGACGGUGCAGAAUAGAAGAGUGUACACUUGCGUUGCCGAUGGUGUUUGUGAGAUUACCAAAGCCCAAAGAAACAGAUGUCAAUAUUGCAGAUUUAAGAAAUGCCUGGAACAAGGCAUGGUCUUACAAGCUGUUCGCGAAGAUCGAAUGCCUGGUGGCAGGAAUUCCGGAGCAGUUUACAAUUUGUACAAGGUCAAAUACAAAAAACAUAAAAAAGCCACGAGAAACGGUCAAAUAAAGGUAGACAAACCGCAACAACAGCAUCUACAGUCGUUACAGCAAACCCAUCAUCAGCAGCAGCAACAACAACAGCAACAGCAGCAACAACAACAGCAGCACCAGCAGCAGCAACGACAAUCGCAGCAGCAUCACGUGCACAAUCAACAAACGCAACUGCAUCAGCAGACGCAAAUUCAGCAAUCUCAGCAGCAGCAGGCAAACCAGCAGCAAAAGUUUACGACCGUUUCGAUGAAUAAUUCAGAGCACGGAGUUCCUCCUCAUAAUCGUCCUCAUCUGUUCAACGGCACCAUAUUAAAGACUGCGUUAACGAAUCCGAGCGAGGUGGUGUAUUUAAGACAGAGACUAGAGUCGCCUGUAACUUCGUCUAGAGACCGAUCGAUGUCGUUAGAUACCGCGUUAUCGAUGAUGCAAACACUUAUAGACUGUGAUGAAUUUCAAGAUAUUGCUACUUUACAAAACGUUAACGAAUUACUCGGAAACCGAGCAGACUUGAGUGAUAGAUUAAUGCAAAUUGGAGAUUCGAUCGUGUAUAAAUUAGUUCAAUGGACCAAACGGUUACCAUUUUACGCCGAAUUACCAGUCGAGGUUCAUACGAGACUACUGACUCACAGAUGGCACGAAUUAUUGGUAUUGACGACGUCAGCGUAUCAAGCGAUGCACGGUUUUUCGCGUAAUUCGUCCCCUUGUCAUAUUAACAAUUUAAACGAUACUGUAGACGCGGAAUUUGCUGAACAGGUUGCCAAAAAUUUACGAACGUUGCAAACGUGCUUAUCCUCAAUGAUGGGCACAGCUAUAACGUUAGAUCAGCUGCGCGAAGAUGUUGGCCUAAUGGUCGAGAAAAUCACCCACGUUACGUUAAUGUUCAGACACCUGAAAUUAAGAAUGGAGGAAUACGUUUGUUUGAAAGUCAUCAUAAUGUUGAAUCCAGGUAAUUUUUUUGUUCGUGCAGCUAAUGGAGAAAAUAGUGAAUUGGAGGCGAUUCAAGAUCGAUACAUGACGUGUUUGAAAACCUUCAUGGAACAUACGAAUCCUCAACAGCCGACUAGAUUGCAAAGUUUACUCGAUCGAAUGCCAGAGGUCAAAUCGGCGGCAUCUUUAUUACUGGAAAGUAAAAUGUUCUACGUACCGUUCCUGCUAAAUUCAGCCAUACAGAGAUAGUACAUCGGAAAUGAUUUGAAAUCACCUUCACCCGCAUCGUCGUCGUCGCCAUCGGCUCAGAAGAUACUUCUACAGAGAGGAGUUCCUUGUCGAACGUGUACUCCUCUGUGAUUGUCCAAAAGAUACCAGUUACGAGUAUUUUCGCUGCGAUGAAUUUAUAUUGUAUAAUGGUUUGGUUAUUAGUUACCAUUUUUUUUUUCUUUCAUUUACGAAAAAAAAAGAAACCCAAAACAGGGCGGCUCGUUUGAAAAAAUUGAUCGCGUGUAUUUGCCAUGAGUUAUAAUUAUUAUUAAUAUUGUUGUUGUUGUUGUUGUUGUCGUGUCGUCGUCGUCGUCGUUGAAUUGUUACUGAUGAAGAAAUUUUUUAUAUAAAAAGAAGAGGGAAAAAAAUUGAUAAUUUAUGAAUAAUGAUAAUAAUACCUAUUGAGACGAUGAAAUUAGUGUGAAAGAUGAUGAGGCAAUAUUGUUCCACUCCUUCGCCUAUUAUUUUUUUUUAGUUCCUAUUACACAUUGUAAGAGAAAAAAAAUUCAUUCAAAUCCACCACCUCCUCCUAUCUCAUUCCUUAAGAUUUAAUAUUGUACCUUAUAGAUUCGCGUCGCGUCGUCGGUUACAUUUUCACUCUUGUAUAUAAAAUGUACUCUACGUAUUUCGUCGAAGGAAACAAAAACAUAAGAAAAUUAUUACAAUAACGAUAAAUUUUCAAUUUUCAUCGAUGCGAAGUAGGUACUUAGAGCUGCGAGCGCAUCGAGGUUUUUCUCCAGUUCCACGAAUGUCUUUUGUAAAAUUAAUUCCCCCUCCCCCACCCAUUUUUCCAUUAAGUUUAACGCGUUCGAGAUUCGAGACGUUGAGAUGUUUUUUAUUUUAAUUGAUAAAAGCGAAUUGUUAUAGAUCGUGUAUAAAAGAUGGUUUAAUUUAUAGUACUGCUCUAUUCCCCACGAAUAUCUCAUUUUGUGGGGUAUUGCGAUAGGUAGUGCUGCGUUGCUGAUGAAAAAUUCAUUCCGUUCGUUUUUCCUCCUCUGCAGCUCGUGAAAUUAGACGGGUUGGUGAACAGAGAAGAGAUGGUUGAAAAAGAGGAAAAUUCGAUAUUUUUAGUGAAAAAUCUGCUCAUUUUCAUGGAAUUAAUUUGACUGAUUCGAAAUAACCGAGUUAUAGCAUUUUGUAAUUUAUUAAUUUUUUUUUCUAUUUUAUUUUGAAACUGAAAUAUUGUUUCGAUGUGAUUUGCAAAUUUUUCGAGACUAUUUUUUAGAGAAAAAAAUUCGUACGAACUAAAAACACGAGAAAAGAAAAGAAUUGAGCUCAGUUUUGGAAAAAAUAUUUGAAACAGAGGUUGAAUUUUUUCGAUUUUUGACAGAGUUGUGCUAAACUUGGAUUUUUUGAAUUGUAGGAUUUUUUUUUGAGAGUUGAAAUUUUGAACCUCGAAUAACCUGAAAAAUUCUUCACGAAUACUCAAACAUUGGCAAAAAAAAAGUCACACGAUGAAAAAUUUAAAACAUAAUUUGCAUGUAGGUACUUUUUUAUAUUUUACAUUUUUUUUCAAUUGGAAAUUUUUAUGUAACAUAGCGAGCAUUUAUUUUACGUGUAUGUAAAUAAACGAAAAAACAUUUUUUAUACGAACAUUUUUCUGAAAAAAGAAAAAACUAAUUGAAGUAUUUUUAUACAAAUUGACGAUUUUUUUUUUAGCUAAAUUAUGAUAUCUUCUGAUACGAAUUUCGUCGUUCAGUAAAAAAUAAUUUUAAAAAAGACUAAACCCUUUUUACGAAUUUUGGAAAAUCGUUGUUUUCUCUUCGAAUUUUCUUUAAUAAUUUUUUCAUGUACAGAUUCUCUUGCCCCUGCUCUCCCCUGCCCACUCCAUGAAAUGUAUACUACGUGUCUUGUUUCUGUUUUAUGUUGCCGGUUCCGGUUCCCCCCUUUUUCUUCAGGUCCCCCCUUCGGCUCCAUCUAUAACAAUACUUAGCGUAAUCACUGCCAUUUUUGUUUCGUUUUCUUUUCUUUCUUCUUUUUUUUUCCUUUUGUUGUAAUUAUAUAAUAUCUACACGUUGUUAUUGCGAAUACGCGAUUUCAUAGUAGUAUACCUAAGACUGUGUUUUUAAAUUCGGCGAUUUUUAUUUUUUUUCUCUCUCUAUAUCCUCUUCGCGUUUAUCAAUAAUGAAUAAUUUGGUAAAGACAUUUGUUUUUAUAUUCGUAAUAUUUUAUACAUUAAAAUAACAGUCUCCGAGAUAAUAUAUUAGCGAAUUUUGUUUUUUUUUUUCUAUUUUUCGAAUAGGUAUUUACUACUUUAUAGAAAUUUAUAAUGUAAGAAACGUCGUCGUCGUGUUUUUUUUCUUUCUUUUUUUUUUUAGUAUUUUUGAUCUCUGUCGAUCAUCGCUUUUAUCGAUUGUAAAAACAAAAAAAUAACAAAAAAGAAAAUGGAAUUUGUAAAAUUGUAUUUAUAAUGUAUAGUUUACAUAAUUGUAACGUGUUGUAUGUUUUAAGUUUUUUUUUCUCUUCUUCUUUUUCGUAUAUUUAAGCAAAGGACCAUUUAGUUUAGGCCACUAAUCCGUCGUUACCAAAACUGCAACCAAAGUAUGAACUCGAUGGCGUUGGUUCGUGAUAAAAUAUUGCAAAAAUAAUUAUCGAUUGCGAAAGGUGGGUAAUUAAAAUGUGGAUUUUCAUGUAAGAAUUUUCGAUCUCAAAAAAAAAAUAUUGGAAUAUUUCGAGGCCUUAUUUUCAGUUUGGCAACCAACGCCGUUGAAUUACAAUCAGCGCUUUUUCAUGCGGAAACCGCGUAUAGGUUCUAGGUUUUGUGUGAGGGGGGAGGGGGUGUGAACUAUUUUAAAAAAAUUGUCCAAAGUGCAAAAGAACUUGCUCAUUAGAUUAAAAUUUUCCAAAUUCUGGGAUCCUUGAAGUCGUUUUUUCACAAAAACAUCUAAUUACCGACAAUUUCUUGUAAUUACCGGUAAUUACUCAUUAUUACGGAAAUUACGAGUUUAUGGUAAAUUACGGGUAAUUACUGUCAAUUACAGUUAAUAAUUUUGUUAUUGUGGCAAAUUACCUUUGUUCUGUAAAUUUCUGAAAAUUACUCGUAAUUACAAGAAAUUACGGAUAAUUACGGUAAAUUACAGGUUAUUACGGUAUAUUUCCGUAAAUUACGAGUAAUUACAGUAAAUUACCAGUAAUUGUAAUUUCUUGUAAUUACUGGUAAUUACUCAUUUUUACGGAAAUUACGAGUUUAUAGUAAAUUACGGGUAAUUACUGUCAAUUACAGUUAAUAAUUUUGUUAUUGUGGCAAAUUACCUUUUUUCUGUAAAUUUCUGAAAAUUACUCGUAAUUACCAGAAAUUACCUAAAAUUACAGAUAAAUUACAGGUAAUUACGGUAUAUUACCAUAAAUUACGGUAAAUUACCGGUAAUUGUACUACUCGAAUUACGGUAAAUCACUGGUAAUUCACUGGUAAUUUUUUUGUAAUCGCGGUAAAUUACCGGUAAUGAAGGUAAAUUUAUGGUAAUUACUUGUAAUUAUGGUAAAUUAUUGGUAAUUAUUUAUAAUUACGGUAAAUUACUCGUAAUCAUGCGAUUCUUAACUCUUAAGGUUCGAGUGCGCCACCGACCCAAAUAGCUUGAAAUGUUUGAAACACCCUGUACCCUACAGGAUAAAAAAUAAUGUGGUUCAGUUCUCAAUAUUCUAAAUUCUUAAUUUGAAAUUUCAUCAAAAAGCUCAUCUUUUUGUAAUUUUUUUGAACGAAGUAGGUAGGGGCCUAUUAACUGGUUUCGCUGAAAGAGCCGACUGAUUGGUUUAUAUUUGCCAUUGCUAAAUCACCGUUUUAGUCACGAGUUACCGAUAAUUGCCUGAUGUGUAGUUAGAGAUUUAUGUAUGAAAAUGAAAAGUUUCUAUUUAUGUGUUACAAAUUAUAUAAUAUUAUUAUAUUAUAUUGAUGAAAAAUAGUAAAUGAUUUCACGCAUUCUAAGUCAUGUUAUUUGUAUACCAAGUAUAACGCGAGUAUAUUGUGUAAUUAUUAUUUGUUUUCCUUUCUGAUGUUUUUUUUUUUUUUUUUUUUUUUUUUUCAUCUUCUAUAAAUAAUUUUACGAUAAAUUUCGAUGGAAAAAAUUUUUUGAAAAUUUGAAAAAAUCAUUUUACUUAUAAUAAUAAUCGUAAAAGAUAAACUAUAAAAACUGCCACGCUUUGUACUACGAACGUUUCUGCCUUGCGGAAAGUCCCCGCGAUUCUCAUUUUUUUGUUGUUGUUGUUGUGUUCUCGCUAUGUAGGAUUCCUAAUUUACUAUGUAUUUGUGUAUGUUUUAACUUUUAAAAGCAUUUAUAUUACUAUUUUUAAUACGUGGUCGUUUUUUUUUUCGCGGUGCUAAAUAAUUAUUGAAGUAACGUUUUAGUCUGUAAGACUCUAAAAAAUAAAAACAUGCAAUUGGCUGCUUCGAUAUUGAUAUUAUUGGUUUCCGGUGUUUCGUGUGUAGUAGCGCUUUUUUUUUCUAUUUUCUUUAUUUUUUUUCUCUUUUUAUCGAUGUCCUGUUUUUUUUCUUUCUUUACUUUUCGGAAGAUUAUGUACCCCAUGUUUUUAUUGUUUUUUUCUUUCUUUCUUUCUCUAUUUUUUUCUUCUUUUUUUUUCAAUUAAAAAGUCCACAUUGUGUGCGUAAGCUUAAGCGUGUGUUUGAACUCGUGUAUAUUGUUUGUAUAUAUACUUAUAAUAUAUUGUUUUCAUUUUGUGUUGAUAAACAAAUAAAUGAUAUUAUGCAAGUUUUAA